AUGGAAUCAGGCGAGGCUGUGGUUGAGUGUAAGCUCGUGACCUGACUGAAGCUGGGGAAGCUAAAGGUGGUGCGGCGGCAGCUGCUGCAACGGUAUGAACACCAGCCGUUUGUCUCCUGCCUGGCCGGCCUCUACGGUUGCCAAUGGAGACGAUACCAAAGAGCCCGGGCACAGCCAGGAGAGUGCUGCUGCAGCAAGGUGGAGUGUGGCAGUUUUGGCCUCCUGAUUGUCACCUUUUUCCUGAGUUUUUUAUUCCUCUAUUUCUGGAGUGAAGCUCAGAACGACUACAUCGACUUUGACUGGUUUAACUUUGGGACUCUGGGUUUCUGGUUUCCCUGGUCUCGGGUCCUGCUGGUUGUUGCUGCUGCUCUCUUCACAUACAUCGCCUUACUAUUGGUGCUGGCAGUGUGUCUGCUUUCUGAGGGUCAGAGGCUAUACCUUCACUGGAGCCACAAGACUGGCAUCGUGGUGGCGUUGGCGUUCUCCGUCACAGCCACCGCCAUCUUGUCCGACAUUUGGAGCAAGGAAUGGAAGACUCUCCUUCUUUCCCUGCAGGUGACAGCACCUUUCCUCCAUGUGGCUGCAGUCUUACUAAUGGUGAUUCUGUCCUGGCCAAUAGCGUUGCAUUUCUUUCGCAUGAACAAGAAAGUGCGUCAGGUGGCUGUCCUAGGUCUCUACCUGUCCGUGCUGUUCUCUCUCUACCUGGUCCCUCUGGGAAUGUACUCACCCUGCAUUAAGGAGGCAGGAACGCUGGGACCCGCCCCGACGCUCAUCGGACACAGAGGAGCUCCAAUGCUUGCUCCAGAGAAUACUGUGAUGUCGUUUGAGAAGGCAGUGGAAGCUGGAGGAGAAGGACUGGAGACUGACGUCACCAUCAGCUAUGAUGGUGUUCCCUUCCUGAUGCACGACGCCACUCUGAAGAGAACCACCAAUGUCGCUGAGGUUUUCCCAAAUCGAACACACCUCGAUGCCUCAAUGUUCAGCUGGGCCGAGCUACAGCAGCUGAAUGCCGGCGACUGGUUCUUAUUGAGAGAUCCAUUUGGGACUGUGUCGUCCUUGUCUGAGGCCGACUGCUCCCAGGCCCAGAACCAGUCUGUUCCCUCGCUGGCCCAGUUUCUGGAGGUAGCGGCCUCUAGCGGCAGACUAGUGCUGUUUGACCUGCACAAGCCACCGUACGGACAUCCCUACAGCCAGUCAUACAUCAACACCACUCUGCAGGUGGUGCAGGCCCACAUCAACUCCUCACAGGUGCUGUGGCUUCCAUCUGAGGACAGGGAUCUGGUCUGGGCGGUGGACCCAGAGCUGCAGCAGACCUCUGGAGAAAAGGCAUCUAUUCAGGAACUGACUGACAGCCACAUCACCAGGCUGAACCUACACUACAGCACCAUGUCACAACAACAGUUCAGUAAGUACCAGUCAGUGAACAUCAGCACUAACCUGUAUGUGAUCAGCCAGCAGUGGCUCUACACUCUGGCCUGGUGUGCCGGAGCUCAGUCCGUAACCACCAACUCCAUCCACAUCCUGUCCAACAUCAACAAGCCGCUCUUCCUCAUGACUCCAGAAGAAUAUAGUUUGAUGUGGAUUCUGACCGAUGCUGUGUCAGCCUUCCUCAUCAUUGCUGUUUUCAUAUUCCAUUGGUGGAGAGAGAGAGGCCUGCCCUUCUGGUCAGGCAGCCGUCAGACUCAUGAGAACGGACCAUACAGCAAGUUCAGGACAGAGCUGAGUGAUGUGUGGUCCAUCUCCAGCGUAAUCGUCCGGCCCGACCUACGGAGCAUGCCCAGUUCACCCAGUACCCCUCACCUGCCCACCAUCACAGAGGAGUGACUGGGGGAGACACACAGAGAGAGAGAGAGAGAGAGAGAGAGAGAGAGAGGCAAGAAAGAGAAGUACAGAAAAUGAGAGAUAGAAAGAGAGAGAGAGAGAGAGAGAGAGAGAGAGAGAGAGAGAGAGAGGGUGUUCUUGAUUUCAAAUCAAGUGUUUUUAGAUAACAUAAUGCAAGGCAAUUUUAUUUACAUAGCAGCAUUCAGACAUGAAGCAUAUCAAAGUGCUUUAACAUCUAUCCUCUGGCAUACAGGAAGCCAGUGCAGUGAUCGAAUGCAUUAAAUAUUCAUGACUAAAUUAGCAACAAUCAAAUUGGAUUAAAAACCUUCUUGGUUAUUAUUUAUCAAGAGUUUAACACUGAAAAACUAGAUGUGGUUUGAGCCGAUUUGACAGAGCGCUGGCAACAUACUGCAAGCAAACAACUGUCAUCACAUUGGCAUUCAAAUGUAGUUUAAUUUGUGAUGUAAUCACCUUUUUCCAACUAAGCCCUGCCUGGUGCCAGAAGCUCAGAGAAACCCAAAAAUGCAGAAAUCCGUUGCAAAAAUAACCAAAACUGUUCUGUCUUUGGCAAAAAUUGUUCAUGUAAGAACUCAUCACUCAUAGUAAGAAGCUGAUUGAGAACAUGUGUUUGAAUGAAAAGAGAAAGGAUAACAGAGUCUUUGAAUAAGACAUUUACAUUAAAACAUUUUAUUCAGCUGAAAAAUGAGUCAUUCGAGUACAUCAGCGUCAUCAAAGUUGAGGAGAAAAAGGCCAAAGUGACCAAGAACAGAACAGAGAAACAUGUUCAGGUAAAGUAAGAGACAGCAUCCUCUCUCAGUGGGCCGACUGCCUGCAGGGACGUAGCUGCUGAACCAAACCUCAUUCACUGAUCUGCCAUCAGGGACGGAGCGGAGAGACUCCAGUGUCUAUUUCCAUACUAAAAUCUCAUAGAUGCCAUUCAAAAAAAAAAAAAAAAACUGGGUGGUGAGGACAGUUGAAUACAUGCUUGAGAACAUUUUCAUCAUUCAACGCCACCAGCUGAGCUCGACAACG